AUGUCUCCGCUAUGGGGUUCACGCAACCAUGAAGAGCCAGGCGCGGAAGAAGAACAUGGUGAAAACGAAGCAACAGAAAGGAGGCAGCGAAGAGGUGAGCCAACGGAACGAACUCGGUUGCUGCCACAAGGGGUAUACUUGGAUCCCGAUGACCCAGGAGUGUCUCCGUACAAUCUCUGGAGUGUCCGGGCUCUACGAAGCCUCAACAUCCUCUUCCUGAUAAUAACCCUUAUCUGGUGGAUUGUGCUGCUCGCGUCAACUUUCGUCAGUCCGCCAGGGAUGAACAGCCGCGGUCCAGGCUUCCUCGAUUUCUCCUUUGCCACCUUGACCAUGGGCAACCUGCUAAUUGCCCUGAUAUUCUUCUCCGUCCCGUCGAGGCCCAUGACCAUAUGGGGUGCCGUGCUCUCCCUCUUCCUAGCAGUCAAUUUGUUCAUCAUCGUCGGCGUGCGCCGUCUCCGUAUCGAGGAGGGAUGGGUGGGUAUUGCCUCCGCCACGUGGGCGACGGUGGUUAGCCUUUAUUUGUUAGCCCAGACCCGCUUCGUGGCAUGGGGCAAGCGGGAGGAGGAAGAGCGCUUGACGGGCAGGGAAGAGACGCGGCGAACGCUUCGAGAAUGGUUUGCCGUCCUGCUUGAGACGAUCGUUGUGACCGUCACCGCCCUCGCGACCGUGCUGCUCAUGGCCACUUUGAUCGUGCGCGCGAAAGAUGCUGGCCUCCCCGCCCCCGGCAAGAAAUAUUACGUCGAUAACGGCAAAUAUCAAAUCCACCUGGAUUGCGUUGGCGCAGCCCCCUCAAUGGCGGCGAACAAACGCAGCGCAACAGUCCUCCUGGAAGCCGGUGAAAUGCCAGUCGAAGACAGUUUUCGCAGUUGGGUGCACGAGGCGUAUCGCAAUGGCUCCAUUGACCGAUACUGCUACUGGGACAGACCCGGCAUUGGGUGGUCUGACAAUGCCCCAUCUCCACACUCUGCGGGCAUGUCCGCCGACGUCCUAUCCGAAACCCUCGCGCUCGCAGACAUAAAAGGCCCAUGGGUCGUCGUAUCCGCUGGCGUGGGUGGGAUAUACAGCCGCAUUUUCGCCAGUCGACAUGCCGCUGACGUCACAGGUCUCAUGCUGAUCGACGCCUUGCAUGAGGAUCUGCUGCCAGAGCUUGGCAAGCCAGGUCGCGGCUUCAAGCUCUGGCUACGCGGGAUAUUCUCCCCACUUGGACUGGAUAGUUUGGCCGGGGCGAUAUUUAAGGGCCGCACGAGGGAAGACCGUGUGUACGGUAAAGUGGCGUACCAAAAUGGCAAAUUCAUCAAGGCGAAGUUGCAAGAGAACCUUGUUGCAGAUUCGACGACGAAGAGCGAGAUUUCCAGUGCGAAGAACAUUCAGUCUCCGUCCAUGCAGUUGGUUGUUGUCAGUUCUGGUAUUGAGGUGAGAAGGAACCAGAAGUGGGCAGAUAAACAAAAGGAGCUUACCAAUAUCACUGAUAAUUUGGUGGCGUGGGAUAUUGUCAAAAAUGCACCGCAUGAGGUUUGGCGAACGGAUAACGGGAAAGCUUUGCUUGGAGAUAGGUUAAAGAAGUUGGUUAAACCGUGA